AGGUUUGUUGAUAAUAUUUCGUCGUCUCUGAUCUAAUUCCUCAUCUCCAUCCUCUUGUUUCAAGCACCGAUAAUGGUACCAAAUAAUGGAUCGAUCUUCGAUUCGAUCAGCAAUUUCUUUACCGGCGGCGGCGAUCACAUUCCCUGGUGCGACCGGGACACUGUAGCCGGAUGCGAGAGAGAAGCUUCUUCUGAGAGUGUAAAUGGCAUGUCAGAUGAACAAAGAAGUGAAAGUAUCAUGCGUUUGUCAUGGGCUCUUGUUCAUUCCAGACAACCAGAAGAUGUAGAGCGAGGAAUAGCUAUGCUUGAAGCCGCCCUAGCUGGUGCCAAUAGUGCAUCACAAAAGAGAGAGAGGCUUUAUCUUAUUGCUGUUGGCUAUUAUAGAAAUGGCGACUAUCCAAGAAGCCGACAGCUCGCAGAACAAUGUUUGGAGAUUGAACCCAAUUGGAGACAAGCUUUAGCCCUUAAACAAACAGUUGAAGAACGAAUUACUAAAGAUGGUGUCGUCGGAAUUGGCAUCACCGCUACUGCUGUUGGGCUUAUUGUUGGCGGGAUCGCUGCCGCUCUGGUCAGAAGGGGUUGAUUAUUAUUAUAUAUUAUGAUAAUGAUGGUUUUGUUCUUUUUGGAUGGACCACUUUGUUUUUCAUAACGAAUAUGGAUUCUAAAGAUUUAGUUCAUAAUGUACAAAUAUUGGUGUACAAACAUCUUCCUUUUUAAUAACUUUCUUGUAAAUUUCUUAUUUUAUA